AUGGUGCCCAUUUACGGAAGAGGUUCAGUGACCGCUACAUCCGCCGCUGUCAAAUCAGAAUUUGCAGAUUUGAAACAUCGUGAAUUUAGGGGUGAAAUUCCGAUGCGCACUGAUCGAUUCGUCAUACAACAUCUAGAACGAAUCGACAACAAGAUAAAAGACCGCUGCAAGAUGUCUGACUGUCCACCAAAAAAGAAAGUAAUAAUAUCAGAGACGAACGAUCUUAACGGAUCCUCAGACUUUAUAGCCGGAAAGCUGCUAAACGCCAUGGAAAUCGACGAUCCUCCUCGACAUUCGACAAUUCAGCUUGAUGAGAUAUCAUUCGAAGUGAUGAUACCAAAUGUGUGUAGUACUCCACGAGAAUGUACGGAAAAUCAGUCAUCACAACUUCAAUCUCCAGUAUUAGUAACAAAAAUACAUACCAAUACAAUUGAAUCCCCGCAGUCAUUGAAACACUUAGGUUACGAAGCAUUCCAAUCAUCAAGAGAUGAAAAUAUUCCUGCCGACAAUGAUUGGAAUGUUCAAGAAGAAUGGAAAGGCUUGAGCAAAAGUGCUAAACAAAAAGAAGACGUCUCCUCGAAAAAAAGCGAGCGAAGCCUUCAUCUUUGGAUGAUUGCCCAGAAUGGGAUUUUAUCAAAGAUGCAAAGACUGGCCGAACACCAAUUCUCU